UGAGUUUUCGUUGAGACGAGAUCAUAUUGCCCCAAAUUGUGAUAUUAUUGGACUUGAAUUGGGCUUGAGCCGAAAUUUCGCGGACGUGCAAUUCAUUCUCUAUCCGCGACAAAUCCGCACGCGCCUUUGGGGAACUACCUGGUCGGACUUUGUCGCACCCAAAAGGAACAAGCAACAAGAACAGGCACAGGGGAACCCCUCUACUCAUAUGAAUAUGCGUCCAAGCAACCUCUUCCGGGCGAUGCAGCCCCUCCGCUCUUCUAUUCUCAGACCUACAUCGACCUCGUCCCCAGCCGCACACAUCUACUCUGCCAUCUCGACACCAAUCCGCCGCUUGAAUUCGACGACUGCUGCACCCACGGAGACCCAAUCUUCCACAGCACCUUCUACUCCAUCGGCGGCUCCUCCUUCUCUCCGCAGCUAUCCCUAUACCCUGAAGACCGGCACUGUGGUCUCCGUCGGCCGCAUGGACCGUACCGUCCGCGUCGCCCACCGCCACACCAUGUGGGACAGUCACAUUCGCAAGACAUACCCUAAAGUUACGACAUAUCUUGUGUCCGACCCAAGGAACUCCCUGCGCGAAGGGGACGUCAUCGAGUUCUCCUCGGGAUACCCGAAGAGCCGGCAUGUGCGUCAUGUUGUCGAAAGGAUCAUUGCGCCGUUCGGCGAGGCAAUUGAAGACAGACCGGCUGUUCUGACACGUGAAGAGCGGGACGCAGAGCGCGUAGCCAAGCUAACCGUCAAGUGGGAGCGCAGGGAAGCCAGAAGAGCAGAGGGCGGCGAGGGCCAGAGCUUAGGAGGACAAGAGCACGUUGGGCGGAUCAGGAGGCUAAUCUAUGAGCGUACUGGGGCCCAGUAGAAGGCGAAUCUACUCCGCUUGUCCUUCUUUGGCAUUUCUCUUUGAUUGUAUAAGAUAGAUAUUGGGCUCAGAGGGCUGCUUUUAUCUUUGAUGUGUGUCGACUCCUUCCGAAUGUAUUAUAUCUCAUUGUGCAUGUGUGCUACUAGUCUUUUCUUUGCAACAUUAGUCAUAUUGGCAAGUCAUACUAUAUAAAUGUAAGCUUUUAAAAUAGCUGCUUUUGACCUCUUGUAGAGGGUGAUCGAGAAGCUUACUGGGGCUUGAGCUCAAGGAAGGCAACGUAUAGUUUGUUGAUAAGAUUGGAGUCUGUAACUGAACCUCUAGUUGAUAGGUAUCCCGCUAGAGGGAUUCGAUAGCCAUUGAAGACUAGAAAAAGCGUAUGUCAUAGGGUUCGAUCAUUAUGCAAUUGACUAUUAUACGAGCUAGACGAAACAAAA